AUCCAUUCCCAAAACCUCGUAAAAUCAUCAGUUUCAGAAAGAAUAAUAUCCUUCUCCGUUUGGUUUCUAUGCUUGAGCUUUAGUCAUAGCAAUGGAUUCCAUAGUACAUGUUGCUUUAGAAGAGAUCUGUUCUGAAGGCGCCACUGGCAUACACCUUUCCGACCUCUGGUUAAGACUUAUUUCUCCUCUCACCGGGCAUGGUAUCCACCCAUGCGACAACGUGAAGAAGGAGUUAUGGUCCAAUCUUCUACACAUACCCAGCCUCCAAUUCCAAUCCCAGGGAACCCUCUAUGAUUCAACAGAUUCAAUUAUUCAGUCUGUAGUAGAAAGUGAGAGAUUGAAAUUGAAGAUAGUUGCUUCCGAAAAGCUGCGCAACUGCUCCGUCGGGCUCUAUGAUGUCAAAACAUCAGAUGCCAAUCUCUCCGAGAUACAGCGUCGUACUCUCAAGCGACUUGCUCAUGCCAGGAAUGCUGGGAUUAUGCAAAGUGAACUUGCUAAAGAGUUCAAUAUGAAAGGGAACAGUUAUUUUUAUGUAUUAAGGAAACUUGAAUGCCGUGGGUUAAUUGUGAGACAAUCAGCUAUUGUGAAGACUAAGGAAUCUAACACUGAAGGGGGGGAGCUUAAAAACGGAUCAAUUGUCCAUACCAAUAUGGUUUAUUUACGUCGUUAUGCUGAGAAUUUGGGUUGUCAACAAAGACUUGAAAUUAUUAAAGAGGAUAAACUCUUGGACUUUAAUGAUGCUAUGGAUGAUGCUAAUGCUGAAGGAAGCGUCAAAGAGGAUGUACACAUUAAUGACUAUCUGCCGGCAUUAAAAGCUAUAUGUGAUAAACUUGAGCAGGCAAAUGGCAAGGUUCUUGUUGUUGCAGAUAUCAAGUGUGAGCUUGGGUAUAAGCUAAAAUAUGGGCAUAGAGCUUGGAGAAGUAUGUGUAAAAGACUGAAGGAUGCUUCAGUAGUCGAGGAGUUCUAUGCAAAAGUGAACAAUAAGGAGGUUAACUGUUUGCGUUUGCUGAAGAGUUUCUCUCCUAGUAAGUUUAAACAGAAAGGUUUUAGAGAAAAUGAUCUUGAUGCAGAACAACCAAUAUCAUCGAAUAAAAGAGGAAAAAUCACGGAACAACUUAUGGAGCUUCCUAUUGAGCAUCGAAUUUAUGAUAUGGUUGAUGCAGAGGGACCAAAAGGGUUGACUAAUAAUGAUAUAAUCAAGCGGCUUGGAUUAAAUAACAAGCGCUAUUACACACGACUUCUCAAUAUGUUCUCUAGGUUGGGAAUGCAUUUGGAGGCCGAAAAUCAUAACAAAUAUCGGGUUUGGACACAUAAAAACUUCAACCCCGAAGCAUCCAAGAAGGCUUUGAUUAGCUCAGAAAAUGUGGCCAGUGAAAAUGUUUCUUUUGAUCUGCGCCAGAGGGAUAAUUCACUGGGUUGGGAGGUAGCUAUUCUGAAUAAAUCAGAGCAAACUAACAAAAUGAUCAACAAUAAAGACGGGGCUGAAAAGACAAACAACUUGAUUGAGCAAGAACUUCCUAAUGAGUCUCCUGUCACAGACCUUUGUCUAGCAACUUCUGAACCUGCGUCAGAUUUCACUCCUGAAAAGACUUUGUUGUCAACUCGCCGGAGGAGACGAUGUUACCAAACAUAUCCUUGCCUGACCCCAACUUCAUUAAAUAACCAGAGGGAGGAAAUGAUACUUCAACGGCUAGAGGAGGAAAAGUUUAUAAUCAGAGCUGAGCUACACAGGCGCCUUGAGAAUCUCGAGGGAGACAAGCAGAAACUCAUGGACAGGAAGACCUUGGACCGUUGUCUGAAUAAGAUUCAGCAAGAAGGACAUUGUAAGCUCAUUCGUGUUAGCGUUCCAUCUGUCUCAAACUGCAGUAGCCACAAGAGUACUGAUGUUGUUCUGCAUCCCUCUGUCCAAGAUGUUUCUCCCGAACUAUUGUGUCAAAUUCAUGAGAAACUAAAUUCAUUUGGAAUUGAGAUCCGUAGCCAAUGCUCGAUUCGAUUGAAAAAGGGUAAAACAUUGCCUGUUCUGGAUAGCAUCCAAAGGAUAGAUACAUCCCCUAUUAAGAAUGGAAAGUUUGAGACAAUGCGUGCGAAUGGAUUUGUACUAGCAAAGAUGGUUAGAUCAAAAUUACUUCACAAGUACCUUUGGUCUUAUAUAUCAUCUAUCAAUCAAGGACAUGAUCAACAUGAUUCACACAGCACUUGCAGGUUGUUUCGUGUCGAUGAGGUCAUUAAGGCCUUUCCUCUUGAGCUCUUUUGUCAAGUUGUUGGGUCCACCCAAAUAUUUGAUGAUAUGAUUGAAAAAUGCAAAAGUGGCUUACACCUUGGUGACCUUACUAAAGAGGAGUACACUAGUCUGAUGGAUACUAAUGCAACAGGACGAUUAUCUUUGAUUAUUGACAUUUUACGUCGGCUGAAGUUGAUUCGGCUGGCAGAGGAUGGACAUCCAACAGAGCAACCAUUGGUUGCAACUCUUAAUUAUGCUUUAGAACUUAAGCCUUAUAUUGAAGAACCGCUCCAAAUAUUCCAAUCAUCCAUACCUCAUGACCAUCAACCUGAAACUAGACAUGAUUUUGUACUUUCUAGUCAAGAAGCUGUGGAUGAGUACUGGAACACCUUAGAGUAUAUCUAUGCUACUGCAGAGCCAAAAAUGGCUCUACAUGCAUUCCCUGGAUGUGCAGUACAUGAGAUAUGUAUUCCGCGAUCAUGGUCUUUACUCCGGGUAAUGACUGCAGAUCAGCGUGCCAAGCUUCUUGAACGUGUGGACAAUGCUGAUCCAAACUUAAAGCUUCAAUUCAAAGACUGUGAGAAAAUUGCUAAGGAGCUUGAUUUGACAAUAGAGCAGGUGCUUCGUGUCAGCUAUGAUAAGAACCAAAAGCGUCUUACUAGGUUUAGGGAACAAUUAAAUGGUGAUGAAGAGGUACAUAAAGGAGGUGAUGCUUCAUCUUCCAAAAGGAGAAAACGGAGAUCUGAAAGAAAGUCUAGAAAGCGCGUGAAAAAGAGCAACUCAGAUAGACCCUCUAGCGAACAAGUGCUUACUGGACCACUUGUUACUGAAUCCCAGCCACCUGAAGAACAAUGUCCCUCUAGUAAUUAUGGAGGUCUAAGAAGAGAUUUAGAUGCACAACAAGUUGAAGAUGGCUUGGAUGCAACGGGAGAAAAUGACGGUGCAAUGUCACUGUCGACACAAAAACAGAAAAAGUUCUUUUGGACGGAAGACAGUGAAAGGCAAUUGGUGAUAGAGUACGUAAGACACCGUGCAGCACUUGGUGCAAAAUUUUGCCGAACAGACUGGGGGUCACUUCCAAAUCUUCCGGCACCUCCAGAGACCUGCAAAAGAAGAAUGACUUUAGUAAAUUAUAAUCUGAAGAUUAGAAAAUGUAUAAUGAGACUUUGUAACAUGAUGAGUGAACGUUAUGCCAAACAUAUGGAGAAACUGAAAAGCAAUCAGGAUAUUGAUAAUGUCUCGGUAGCAUCUGACAAAGUUGAAUCCCAAGAGAAGUUGAUUACUCUGGAAACGUGGGAUGACUUUGACAAUGAAGCUGCUAAGUUGGCUCUGGAUGAGAUUCUCAAGCUCAGAGAAAUUGCUAGACAAGAAGCAUCUGAGAAGGAUGCCCUGGACACUGAAUCACAUUCAUUGUUCGGUUUUAGAGAGGAUGGAACCACAAUUUCGCGGAGGAGAUCAAGAAGUCAACGGUUCACCCAAAAGUAUUUGAUGAAUUUGGAAAGUGGGACUUGUUCAUAUAAACGAGUACAUGAAUCAUUAGCUGUUUCCAAUGCCAUAGAGCUAUUUAAACUCGUGUUUAUGAGCACCUCUGUAGCUCCAGGAAUUCAAAAUCUUCUUGCUGAAACAUUAAGGCGUUAUUCAAAGGAUGAUCUCUUUGCUGCAUUCAACUACCUUAAAGAGAAGAAAGCUAUGGUUGGGGGUACGGCUGGUAAUCCUUUUUGUCUUUCUCAGCAUUUCGUGCAAAGUAUUUCUUCGUCCCCUUUUCCAGUUAACACAGGAAGACGGGCUGCUAAGUUCUCUAGUUGGCUACGUGAGCAAGAAAACGAUUUGAUGGAAGAUGAGAUUGAUCUUUCUGCAGACUUGGAAUGUGGUGAUGUUUUCCAGUUGUGUGCUCUACUUUUUAGCGAAGAACUAUCAAUUAUACCAAACUUGCCUGACAAUGGUGUAGGAGAGGCCAAUGACUCAAGAAAACGCAAGUCUGAAAACAGUGAUUCAGGCAUGGAUGAUAGUGUUAAAAGGUAUAAAUCUUCCACAGCCGGAGAAGGUGAGAUUAUUUCUCGUCGAGAAAAGGGUUUUCCAGGCAUUAGGCUAUCUGUAACUCGUAACACAAUAUCUGGAACCAAUGCAAUGUUCAGAUUUUCUGAUCAUCAUAGUGGAACUUCUGGUCUUGGUCAACCGAAUGGAUGCCCUAUAUCCUCAGAUCUUGACAAAGGUUGUAGCUUGUCUCAUUCUGUUACCACAAAGGAAAAGAAUGAACAGAAGAUGAACACUACUCUUAUAGCUAAUGCAUCUUCUCCUUGGGAAGUUAUGACAAGCUAUGCCAACCACUUCUUUCAGCUACCUAAUCAAGUAGAAGAAAGAAUUUUUAAUCCGGAGCUCUUUAGAACUAUUCAUUUAGCCAUUCAGAAGGCUGGUGACCAAGGUUUGAGCAUUGAAGAAGUUUCCAAACUCGUGAAUUUGAAGGAAGCAAACAUGUCGGAAAUUAUUAUUGAAGUGCUUGAAGUAUUUGGACGAGCUCUCAAGGUGAAUGCUUAUAACUCUGUCCAUGUUGUGGAUUCCUCAUAUAGCUCCAAGUAUUUACUGGCCUCAGUUGCCAAAGCUGAUACUGUGAGUUUGCAAAGACAUCUUGGAGUUUACGUUAAGGAGGACACCAUCAAUGUGUCCGAAAGUAAUGUUACAAAUACCAAUGGAGAAAGUAUGAAUGCUGACACCACUCCAAAUAUUUCCAAAGUUUCUCAGCCUUCCGAAACUGAUGUGAAACUUACUUACAAUGACCAAAAUGACAAGAACAAAACUUUGGAACUCCAUCAUGAGAAUACUGGCAUACACAGACUUAUAUUACCAUGGUUAAAUGGAGAUGGUACAGUAAACAAGAUAUUUUACAAGGGAUACCAACGCCGUUUGCUUGCCAUUGUGAUGCAAAACCCAGGAAUUUUGGAGGAUGAUAUUGUCAAAAGGAUGGGCAUACUAAAUCCUCAGAGCUGUAAAAGUUUAUUGAAGUUGAUGGUUCUCGAUAACUAUAUUACUGUACGGAAGAUGCUUGAAACUACAUCAUCACAAGCGCCUCCCAGCAUCUUGAACCGACUAAUUGGGGACAAAUUCAGAAGUUCAAAGUUAACUUACGUAGAGCAUUUCUUCGCAAACCCGAAGAGUUGCACAUUACUGUAAAGAACACAGUUUCUGGUGCAACAACUACUUACAGUAUCUUAUGGUAUUCCCUAUAUAUUUUUUUUCUUAUAUUAGUUUUUUUUAAUUAUUGUUGCCCCGGAAAGUGUAACUGAAGUUAUUGGAAACUAGUAUUUUGUAACCAUCAUAAUUUAAUAAUUAUAAUCAUUUU